AUGAAGGCGUCGAAUAUUAACAAAUCUGGAAUGUUCAAAAUAAGAAUCUUCAACAAGGAGCAUACAUGUCCUUUGAAGGACAAAGUGUAUUCGCAGAAACAACUACCAAGUAAUGUGAUUGGAGGGAUUAUCAAACCUAAGCUAGUAGAUCACAAACGAAAGUAUACAACUGUGGAUAUUAAAAAUGAUGUGAAAUUACAACUCGAAAUUAAUAUUAAUUACACGUGUGCUUGGAGGGCUAAAGAGAAGGCAUUGAUAUCUUUGAGGGGUAUACCUGCAGGAUCAUACAUGAAGCUGCCUGCUUAUUUGUAUAUGAUGUCUAUCACUUAUCCAAGAUCUCAUAUACAAUUAAAGAAAACUAUUAAUGAUCAAUUCUUGUACAUGUUUGUUGCUUUGGGUACUUUUAUACAAGGAUUUAGACAGUGUCGACCUGUUGUUGUUGUGGAUGGAAGUUUUCUAAGAGGACAUAUUGUUGACACCCAAUUUUGA